AAUGUCUGAGAUUGUUGUAGAAAUUCCACUGAACCGAAAAUGAUUUACUCGGACAAUUGCUGUUGCUGCAUAGAGCUGAAGUGCGGCUGCAUCCUGAUUGCCAUCGUAGAGGUGCUCAUUCGGGGCUUGGAUCGUUUUUUUGUGGAUCGCGACAGCGUGCUGGGAUUUGUUUCCCUUGUGGUGAGCGGAAUCUAUGUAAUCUGCUGCGUAUUCCUACUCCUCGGAGCCGUGCUGGGCCUUAGGUCCUUUUUAUUGCCCUACCUCUCGGUUUCCUGCCUUCGUUUCUUCAUUUUGGUAGCCGAGGCUGUGUUUGUGGCUACGGAAGGCAUUGCCAAUGAAUAUCUUAUCUUCGAUAUUCUUCAAUCCCGUAAGAUACUUUUCGUAUUAAGAUAUUUGUAGCUAGUCCAAUUCCAUUUUCAGUUCUUGGGCUUUACUUCUGGUUGGUGGUUUACUCGUACUAUGA